AUGGCUACCCGUAUUUGUGUCUCUCUGUGGUUCUCCUAUAUCACAGUCCUACAACUCGUUUCCACGUUGGCUCGAUCUGAUAACUAUAUCAUCCACAUGGACUUAUCAGCCAUGCCCAAAGCAUUCUCAAAUCAACAUAGUUGGUACCUCUCAACUCUUUCAUCUGCAUUAGGAAAUUCUAAAGUUACUACCACCAAUAAUCUUAACUCUAUUCCUUCUAAGCUAGUCUAUUCCUACACCAAUGCCAUGAAUGGUUUCUGUGCAAACUUGUCACCUCUAGAGCUUGAAGCUGUCAAAACCACCACGGGUUACAUUUCCUCCAUUAUAGAUUUGCCUGUGAAGCAUGACACAACACACUCACCCCAAUUCCUUGGCCUCAAUCCCAAUGCAGGGGCAUGGCCUUCUUCUGAUUUUGGCAAAGAUGUAAUCGUUGGUUUGGUGGACACUGGAGUUUGGCCAGAAAGUGAAAGCUUCAAAGAUGAAGGGUUGACUAAAAUACCUUCAAGAUGGAAAGGUCAAUGUGAAAACAGCAUCCAAUUCAACUCAUCACUUUGCAACAAGAAACUCAUUGGAGCUCGGUUCUUCAACAGAGGAUUGUUAACAAAAUACCACAACAUCACCAUAGCUGUGAACUCUACCCGUGACACAGAAGGUCACGGGACACACACAUCAACCACCGCAGCAGGAAGCAAAGUUGAGGGUGCAUCUUUCUUUGGCUAUGCAGCUGGAACAGCAAGAGGAAUAGCUUCACGUGCCAGGGUAGCUAUGUACAAGGCCCUAUGGGAAGAUGGGGCUUUUUCAUCAGAUGUAAUAGCUGCAAUUGAUAGUGCAAUUUCAGAUGGUGUUGAUGUUCUUUCAUUAUCAUUUGGCUUUGAUGAUGUACCAUUGUACAAUGACCCCGUUGCUAUAGCCACAUUUGCAGCCAUGGAGAAAGGCAUUUUUGUGUCUACUUCAGCAGGGAACCAUGGGCCUUACCUUGAAACUCUGCAUAAUGGAAUACCAUGGGUUAUAACAGUAGCUUCUGGCACUUUGGAUCGUGAAUUUCAUGCUUCUCUUACGCUUGGCAAUGGAAUACAAAUCAAAGGGUUGUCUUUGUAUCCAGGAAACUUCUCUGCUGGUCAUGUUCCUAUUGUUUUUAUGGGCUUGUGUGAAAAUGUUAAGGAACUGAACAAAGUUAGGAACAAGAUUGUGGUGUGUGAAGACAAGAAUGGAAGAAGCCUUUAUGAUCAAGUGUCUAAUGUUGGUGUGGCAAAAGUAGUAGCGGCUGUGUUCAUAUCAAACAGCACUGAGAUUUUGCUCUUCUUACAGAAUAGUUUUGCAUCCAUCAUUAUUAACCCGAUGAAUGGAGAGAUUGUGAAAGGUUACAUCAAGAGUACUAAUAAAUCUGGUACUUCAAAAGCAAGCAUGUGUUUUAAUAAGGUAACAGUUUUAGGUACAAGACCAGCACCGAGUGUGGAUUGGUAUAGUUCGAGAGGACCAUCACAAAGUUGUCCAUUUGUGUUGAAACCGGAUAUUACUGCUCCUGGUACAUUAAUCUUAGCUGCAUGGCCUCAAAAUGUUUUAGUACGGGGAAGUUUGGGGUCUCAUGAACUCUUUAGCAAUUUCAAUUUGUUAAGUGGAACAUCCAUGGCAUGUCCCCAUGUUGCAGGUGUAGCUGCCCUUAUUAAGGGAACAUACCCUAAUUGGAGCCCUGCGGCUAUUAGGUCAGCUAUCAUGACAACCUCGGACAUAUUCGACAACACAAUGGAUUUCAUCAAAGACAUUGGCAGAGGUUACGAAACAGCCUCUCCUCUUGCACUUGGAGCUGGUCAUGUAAAUCCCAAUAAUGCCCUUCACCCUGGACUUGUUUAUGAGGUGGGAGUACAAGAUUAUGUGAACCUUCUCUGUGCACUGAACUUCACGAAAAAGAACAUCACCGCCAUCACGAGAUCCUUUUCCAACAAUUGCUCCAACCCUUCAUUGGAUCUCAACUACCCUUCUUUUAUUGCUUUCUUCAAUGCCAACCAUUCAGGGAUAGCACAGGAAUUUCAUAGAACAGUGACCAAUGUUGGGGAGGGACAAACGACCUAUGUUGCUAGAGUUACACCCAUCAAAGGGUUCCAUGUCAGCAUCAUCCCCAACAAGUUGGUGUUCAAGAAGAAAAACGAUAAGCUAAGCUACAAGUUGAGGAUCAAAGGUUCCAAUAAGAUGAAAGAGAAUAAAGUAGCUUAUGGUUAUCUUACUUGGGCGGACGUGAAGCAUGUGGUUAGGAGCCCUAUUGUGGUCACCACCUUAGAAUCCAAAUUCUAGAUAUCAAUAUAUUGUGAGGAAGA